GUGACCUGGAAGCCUUGCCAUCUCAGCUUUUGCCAGAAACGGUCAGCCAAGGGCCUCGACCAAAAGUUUCAUCUUCUUGUCGCCACGCGAACAUAAUGAUGAGAUUCCAGAUGGAUUAUCAGGCAAAUUUUGUACCUGCAGUAAGUAACACCAAAAGUUGCAGGAUUUAGUGACUCACCUGGGCCUGGGCCAACAGUAGAACACUUGGACAUCAUCGACAAAAAAUAUAAACAAAACGAAAAACGUGCUCGUCAUUGCAUUGCGGAAGCGAGACUUUCAGAAGAUACAGAAAGGUAGAAAAAUCUGGCUUGUCGCCUAUCUCGCCCUUAAUCGGAGUUGUCAAUGGGACUACUUGCACCUUCAGCUGGAAAAGUUCUAUUUCUAUCUCUGUAUGCAGGGUUAUGCAGGGUCCAUCAGCUAUGAGGCUCUUCGCUCCAUGAGCCGGCAAGAGUCAUGAUCUGUGGUGCACGAUCGUAUUGAUGGCUUGCAUAUUGACAGGCAAUAGCAGUUUAUUUUGGUCGCUUUUAUGUUUUAGGAUUUCACGCCGCACAAAAUUUCUUGCAUACAUUUUAUCAACCCUGAUAUCAUGAAGUGCAAAUACGAGUACCCCAUAUAUUUACUUCUAAUGGUCUAGCAACUACAUCUCGCGUUCAGGCUCCGCGAAAAUCCAGAAUCCAGAACCACGGGACGAAGUCAAGCCGUGGAAUAAUUUUCAAGCUAUUGAAACAGUUUUAAGCCAAUGGAAUAAUUCUAGAACCAUGGAAUCCUUUUAGUUGGGUAGCCUGGCUUUGACAUUUGCCACGUUUUGAUCGACAAUGCCUUUCUCUUUGUAUGGUUACCUCCACAAACUUCAGCCAUUACGACCACAUAAUUCAGCCAUCAUGACUUUCUAUGCCUUGCAUGAUACAACAAUCUUUUGCCGAUGGCUUUGGAGUUGCGUCUCGAUCUCACCGGCACGGAUGGUGCCCCAAGGAUGUCGCACAAUGAUAGCAGGUUACUCUUAUAUAUAUAUAUGACUGCUCAAUUAGCCAUGGAGGAGCUAUUCAAUUUCAACCAUUUUAACUCUCUCCCAGGGGACUUGCAACAUCUUUAAUCCUCACUCAUCAACUACUUCUUUCAUUAUGGCAUACCACACCCUGCUACUUUUGGCUGCGGCUACCUUUGCCAAUGCCGGCAUCUCGAAAUGGGUUUCGCCAGAGUAAGUAUUGACCUCAACGACCUACCGUGAAAUUUUCCUCCAGACCAAUGCAUCAAUGAAUACGCUGCUAACUUGUUGCCAGAUAUAAAUACAUCUUCCAAUACGAACUCCCAAUUCCUCCGGAGCUACCACCGUCGACGACAUACACCAACACAACCACUGGAGAGUCAAUUGACUUUUAUGAAAUCAAGAUCAAAGCCUUUGAAAAGCAGACCUACCCAAAUUUGGGGACGACAUCGUAUGUUGGAUACAAUGGCAUUGCUCCAGGUCCUACUCUUAAGAUGACCAAGGGUCGUCAAGCAGUCGUUCGAUUUGUUAAUGGUUAUGAUCGACCUUCAUCUAUACAUCUUCACGGAUCAUAUUCCCGAACACCCUUUGAUGGUUGGGCAGAGGACGUUACAAACCCAGGACAGUACAAGGACUACUACUAUCCCAAUGCUCAACCUGUUAGGACGCUUUGGUAUCACGAUCACGCCAUCGGAAUUACUGCUGUCAAUGCAUAUUUCGGACAGGCUGGAUUUUAUAUUUUGGAAGACAAGGCUAUGUCUGACAAGCUCAAGUUACCAACUGGAAAAUACGAUGUUCCUCUCAUGCUAGCAUCAAAGCAAUUUCUCCCUAACGGAAAGCUUUUCUCGCCAGAGGAUGAGCGGGUUAGUCUCUACGGCGACGUGAAUACAGUUAAUGGACAGCCUUGGCCAUAUAUGAAGACCGAACCCAGAAAGUACAAAUUUCGUCUGUUGGAUGCAUCGAUAUCAAGAACAUAUAGUCUCUAUUUGGUCGAAGACUCGGACCCCAAAACAAAACUUGACUUUACCGUCGUCGGUGCUGACGCUGGGUAUCUGGAUCACCCUGUUCCUACCAAAGGACUUGAUAUUUCGAUGGCCGAAAGGUACGAAAUUGUAAUUGACUUCGACAAAUACAAGGGGAAGAAUCUUACCCUGAUGAAUGCACGAGACUUCCAAAUUAACCCCGAUUAUCCAGCAACAGAUAAAGUUCUCCGUUUCGUCGUUGGUAACACUAUUUUAUCGUCGGAUGGCAAUGGAGACAUUCCAACUCAUUUGAGUGAUCUGGAAAUUCCAGCUUCUCGCACUACCGUCGAUCAAGCAUUUACCUUUGAAAGGACCAACGGGCAAUGGCUGAUCAACGGUAUCGGGUUUGAAGACGUUAAGAAUCGCGUCGUUGCUUACCCUCCGCGCGGUAAAGUUCAAAGAUGGCGAUUGACCAACAAAUCUGGAGGUGAGUGUAAAUAUUGGCUGAUAAAUGAUUUCGUUACUGAUUUUGUCAAUAGGAUGGAGCCACCCAAUCCACAUUCAUCUCAUUGAUUUCCAAGUAGUCUCGCGUGUCGGAUCCGGUAGAUCAGUUCAACCAUACGAGGCAGCAGCUCUCAAGGACGGUUAGUCUAGCUCCUUACACUUCAUAAUACAAGACCAUAGACUAAUCAUGUCCUCACAGUUGUGUAUCUGGGCACGAAUGAAGAGGUUGAAGUUGUCGCCAACUUUGCGCCAUGGGCAGGAGUCUACAUGUUCCACUGCCACAAUCUUGUUCAUGAAGACCAUGACAUGAUGGCGGCCUUCAAUGUCACUGAUGUGGACCUAAGUAGCUACGGUUAUCCCGAUAAAGUGUCUUUCAAUGACCCAAUGGCACCUCUCUUCCGAGCCAAGGCAUAUACCGGAACCGACCUAAACCAAGUCAAGAAUGUCCUCUUGCCAUAUUUCCAAAACCUGAACGCAUAUCCCGAUGCAGCAGCAGUAGAAAAGGCUCUUGACUAUUACUACAAGUACCCACCGAAACCCGCCACCACUCUGAAAACUACAGCAAAACCCGCCGCUCCUACCUGUAACAAGGGCAAGAACAACGCCAAAUGUUAGUAUGUCUAAGGGACGUACUUUUCAAGCAGACGCUUUAAUACUUUACUAAUUUCUCGACACAUAAUUCUUUUCUUUGGAGUUUAUACAGCGCGUAUUAUUCUGUACAUAUCAAAAAAAUGACGAGCUUGAGGGAACAAAAAUUGGGGAUACACUGUUGAAUUCUGUUUAUCGGAGCAGGGGUGUAAUUUGGGAUUCUGGUCAGCGGGUGUUAUAGAGAUGAUGUUUUUAAGUAAUGAUUUGGUUGUGUAGUACUGAUUGCCACUUCUUUCUUCUACGACACUAGGAAGAAUAUUUCUGUUGUGAACAAUCUUGAAAUGAUAGCAGUGAUAUUAAUGGUUUCGCUACAAUAAUAGUGUGUGCUUAUAAUCAUA